GUCACGCGAUUUCGCUAACGAGCGCCUGGUUGGUCACUGUGUCCACAGACGGUCUGCUGGUUGCCCGCUUGCCGUUCUAGCCGUAAGAUUUACCUGGAAGUUAUUAGCUCUGGCAUGCGCAGUGAGCCAACACCAGUGAGUUGAAGUCAACGAAUCGACACAGUAAUAUAUAUAUAUAUUUAUUUUAAACGCAAUUUAUAGUUUCCCAUCAGAUAUAGAUAUUGGACAAUACUUUUAACAGGAUUUAUUAGCUGCACUGCAUUUAAAAAAUGUCGACCCCCAGCGUUGCUUUGGUAACAGGGUCUAAUAAAGGGAUAGGCUUUGCAGUGGUGCGGUCUCUUUGCAAACAAUUCAUCGGGGACGUGUACCUGACAGCGCGAGACCCGGGACUGGGCGUGGCAGCAGUGCAAAGUUUGCAGUCCGAGGGGCUAAACCCCUUGUUCCAUCAACUGGACAUCAACGAUAUCAACAGCAUAAGGAAGGUGAGGGACUUUAUGAAGGAGAAGUAUGGGGGUCUGGACGUGCUAAUCAACAACGCUGGAAUUGCUUUUAAAGUGGAAGAUUCUACACCCUUUGGAAUUCAAGCAGAUGUGACACUAAGAACAAACUUCUUUAGUACCAGAGAUGUCUGCAAUGAGCUCCUUCCUAUUAUUAAACCACAAGGACGAGUUGUGAAUGUUUCCAGCGUAUGCAGCUCUAUGGCUCUGAAAAAAUGCAGCCAAGACUUGCAAGCAAAGUUCACCAGCGAUACCAUCACAGAGGACGAGCUGGUCAAACUUAUGGAGAAGUUUGUCGAAGACGCGAAGAGCGGGGUGCACGUCCAGCAGGGAUGGCCAAACUGGGGUUACGGUGUGUCCAAAAUCGGGGUGACCGUCUUGUCCAGGAUUCAGGCCAGGAGACUGAAGGAAGAGAGACCACAGGACAGGAUCUUGCUGAACGCCUGCUGUCCGGGGUGGGUGAGGACCGACAUGGCUGGUCCGCAGGCCACUAAAUCCCCAGAUGAAGGGGCAGUCACCCUGGUGUAUCUGGCUCUUUUACCCCCAGAAGCUGACGAGCCACAUGGGCAGUUUGUCAUUGAUAAAAAAGUUCAAAAUUGGUGAUUGCAAUUAAUUGCACACCCUAAGAAAAGCAGCUGUGUGUCUAGCUAAAGUUGCAAAUAAAUGUCACUACAUAACAUAACUAACUACUGGAUGCCAGUGUAUUAAAAUAUUAAGUUUUAAUUUGAAAGCACAGACUUAUACAAAUAUACAGUAUAAAGUUACAAUAAUUUUGGGUAAUAUUACAGUUGUGGCAAAGCAUAUAUUCUUGUUAUUGCUUGUAUACAAAUGCAAAAUAAUUAAUGAAUAAAGUUGUGCAUUACUGUAUGACGAUUUUGUAACUGAAGUUCUUGUCAGCAUCAGAGAAAAAAAAAAAAAAGAUGAUAUGCUGUUGUGUUUCCUGCAUCCAUGAACUUAGGUCAGUUUGAUUGUGUUUUACAGAAACUAGAUUCAGGUAAAAAAUAAAGCAGUUAAGAGAGUUAAGGCAGUUGUAUGGAUGGUGAUGUACAAUAAAGCAAAGGUGUAAUUCCUUAUCUUUGAUUCUAAUGAGAUUGUUAACGCUUUAAGGUACAAGGGACAUAUGUGUUCCACAAAUAAAAUAACUUUCUUAAGCACGAAA